AUGGCCAACAACCCCUCCUCCCAUCACAAACCACUACUUCAGGACGUCAUCAUCUACGAAAAAUCAAACCAACUGAAAGCUUACGCGCUCCAGCUUACUGCUCUGUUACUAGUAGUAAUGACGUGGAGUGCAGCUUCUUAUGCGUGGCUAACGCUGGAUGUGCCGGAUGGGAGUGUUCUUGUUACCGGGGAAAAGAAGUACAGAAGAGCAGAUGUGCUGGAACGCAUAAAGGACGUGUUUCCGUAUGCGGGGCUGACGCUGGUUGUUGUGGUUUUUAUUCAGAUUACGGCAAAGAGGACAGUGAAACGAAUCACACUUCUCCAAGAUGGCAAACACUUUGUCCUGGAUUCACCUAAUUUGAUACCACCAUUCAGACGAGUGUAUGCUGUUAGCGAGUUUACUAAAUCGACGGUUGUUCCUAAUGCAACAUCAUAUACGUCACUGACACUGAAAAGAAAAGGGCAUUUCAUGCCAUACAUGAUUGACGGUGGUGGAAAAUUUUACGAGUUGGAUUACUUUAACAAGAUUUUCUAA